AUGACGAAGGGCAUUUUUGUCGAAAUCGAUGGCGAUGUGGCUCACACGCAGACAUCAAUGCUUCUGCUCGGGAACGGAAUUGCGAUACUGAGCAAGCAUUCCAGCGAUCGCGGAUGGCCGUUUGCAAGCCGUUUCAAUGAUGCCAUUGAGAAAUGGGGCCAUGACUCACCGGAACCCAACGAGACGGCAUUCAAUAUUUUCAAAAAUACCGAUCUAUCCAUGUUUGAGUACCACGAACAGCACCCGGAGUCUAGCGCAGACUCCCACGCCGUCAAGAAUCAGUUCACAAAAUCGCCACCACUGUCGCACGAACACGUCAAGUCAGCGUUUGAAUGGAGUGGCCUGUCUCAUGCAAGAGUCUUCGAUGUCGGCGGAUCUCCAAAGAACGAUCGCCCAGCGGCAGCUCCUUCGACAUCGAUCGUUCCUGCCCAUAUGAAGAGUCGAAUCAACUUCCAUGAAGACAGAUUCUGGGACCCCCAGCGUGUAGCCGCCGACAGUUAUUUCCUCCGAACGAUCUUUCACGACUGGGCGGAUAAAUACACGAAGAAGAUUCUGCAGGCUCUUCUCGUGGCCAUGAAACCUGGUUCGAGGAUCCUGAUUAUGGACUAUGUCACACUCCCAUACGGCACGCUCAAGAUCGGUAAUGAGCGACGAAUGCGGAUUCGGGACAUGCAAAUGAUGGUUAUGCAUAAUGCGCUGGAAAGGGAUGAGGGUGAAUGGAGGCGGUUAUUUGCCGAGACGGAUUCGAACUGA